AUGAUUCCAGCAGCUACUGUAUUGCGAGUGUCAUCUCGUCUCGCAAGGGCAUCUACUACUCGCACACUCUUGGCCUCGAAGCACACGCUGCCUGACUUGCCGUAUGAUUACAAUGCCUUGGAACCAUACAUCUCUGCCGACAUUAUGAAGAUACAUCACCAAAAGCAUCAUCAGACUUACAUCAACAAUCUCAAUGUCGCUGAAGAAAAGCAACACGAACUCAUCAACAAGAACGACUUGGUGUCACAAAUCGCACUACAAGGGGCUCUCAAAUUCAAUGGCGGAGGACACAUCAACCACAGCAUCUUCUGGACUGUCAUGGCUCCACCAAAGCAAGGAGGCGGUGAACCACCAAAGGGCGCCUUGUUGAAUGCCAUCAACAAGGACUUUGGAUCAUUGGAAGCAUUUACAAAAUCAUUCAAUGCUUCAACUGUUGCUGUACAAGGAUCUGGUUGGGGUUGGCUGGGAUACAACAAGGCGGCCAAACGUUUGGAAAUUGUUACGACUGCAAACCAAGACCCAUUGACGCAAUUGGUGCCCUUGUUGGGAGUUGAUGUCUGGGAACAUGCUUACUAUUUGCAAUACAAGAAUGUCCGUCCAGACUACUUGGAUGCUAUUUGGCACGUCAUCAACUGGAAGUCACGACGCGGAGCUCACGAUAUAGUGCAAAGAGAAGGGUCAAACAAAGUGUUUGUUCGUGCUGGACCUGGAGGACGGUCUAGUGUAUCUGGACACACAGCUACAGUGUUUGGAAGUACAGGUUUCCUGGGUAGAUAUCUCGUCAACAAUCUAGGCAAGAGAGGAACACAAGUCGUCGUUCCAUUUCGAGGAAACGAUGACAACAAGCGACAUUUGAAACUUAUGGGUGAUUUGGGUCAGAUCGUGCCAUUGCGCUUUGACGUCCGUGAUGAGAAAUCAGUCGCUGAAUGUGUUAGACACUCUGAUGUCGUGUACAAUCUCAUUGGUAGAGAUUAUGAGACUAAGAAUUUCACAUACGAUCAAGUCAACGUCGAUGCUGCCCGUACCGUCGCCAGAAUCGCUAGAGAAGAGGGUGUGUCCCGGUUGAUUCAUGUGUCUGCUCUCAACGCUGACGUGAAUUCACCUUCUAAAUACCUGAGAACCAAGGCUCUUGGUGAAGAAGCUGUAUUAUCUGAAUUCCCAGAUGCAACGAUUGUUCGACCAGCAACUUGUUUUGGAUAUGAAGAUCGAUUCUUAAAUAGAAUUGGAUGGUACUUGGUCUGGCCACCUGCUUUACCUAUUGCUGGAAACGGCAUGAAUAAGAUUAGACCUGUUUAUGCUCCAGAUGUAACUUUGGUAUUGGCACGAUUGCUGAAUGAUAGUCAAUCUAUGGGACAAGUUGUUGAGCUACCAGGACCUACCGAGUUCUACUAUUACAGCUUCAUCAAAAUGUUUUGUGAAGUAACUCGUCGAAGUCCUCCAAUUGUUUACAUUCCAAAACAACUUGCCAAGAUUGUUCCAACAUUUAUGGACAAACUCAUGGCAUUCCCUAUUGAUACUCCGGAUUCAAUUGAAAGGCAAUGUAUUGACGAUCGCUUCUCAAAAGCAUCUCUCUCGUUCGCCGAUUACGACGUAACACCACAUACCAUUUACGAAACAAUUGGACAAUUCGCUCGACUCUUUGUUUCACAAGAGUACCAGAAUGCUCCAUUAAACAUCCCAAGAAAUUAUUCUACGGAUGCUAUUAAUGCCGCGGCUCAAUGA